GAAAUUUAGAUAAAAUUAAGCAGCCCUUAUUCCACCAACCUAGCUCCCUUCGUUUCCUUGUUUACAUUCAAUCUGAGUCUGAUCCUUUGCUAUCUCCAGUGUAGUUAUGUGAUUUUGAAGCGCACUAACCAAAACCCUCACAACUUCGAAUUCCCAUAUUUAGCCCUAUUUAUUAAAUAAAUCUAUCAAUUUCUUGCUCUCACCGAGGCAGUAUUUCCCUAAAUAUUGGAAAUCCUUGAGUAGGCUCCGAAAUUGCUUGUUUUCGCCUUUGAAAAGGCCUUCAUCCUUAGUCUUUUUUUUUUGCUCUUUUAAGGUUUCUUGAAAGAAGAAAAGAAAGAAGAAGGCACCAUAAAAGUGUACUGCUGCUUUACAUUGCUACAUUUCUUUUCGACUUCAACGAGUUCUUCACCGUCGUCUUUUAUUUGUUUACUCAUAUUUAAAUCGUUCAGGAUCAUUCAUUCUCUUUCCAUUUAUAAGCUUUCACUAUGUCAGGAUCUUCACGCUUUUCGAAUACGGAUAUAACACCUUUUCUGAGUCUCCCAUCCGUUCCUUUAUCAUCCGUCUCCGUGCACGGUCGUCCUUCAUUUCACAGUAGUUUGGCUUCAUCACCUCUUCGGAUUUUGUCUCCCUUUAAACCACCAUCCUCUUCAUUUCCACGAGUAGGGAGUCCAUCAAAAGCUACUUCCCCUUCCGUUAUCAGUUCCCUUCAAGAGAAAACUUCUACGCCUUCAAAGAAACGAGACGUUUCCUCAGAUAGCUCUCCUUCACCAAAGACCUUUCUUCCAACCAAAACAGCUGGUAAUGAACAAAAUCCGACAUCUACUCCAAAGAUGCCUUCAAGUCCUUCUUCGACAUUAACACCGCCUGGAAUCCUUGAACAAGACAACUUUUUUUCGGCUCGUUCAAAACGGAAAAACAAUCUUUUCCUUGUAGAUGAAAACGGUUCUAGUCGUGUUGUCCUUGGAACUCCUUCGCGAGUUCCAAGUCCUACCAAAACAGGAUCCAUGCUUAACUCUCCACCUUCAAGGGUGGAACUAAAAAAUUCUCCGAAAUUAAGUACAUCUUCUAUUCAUUCUCCACCUUUACGCUCCCCAGUCCGUUCCCCGUUACGUACGCCUUUGUCACCACCUUCCAGAAAAAGACUACGUGCUAAGAAUGAGCCUGUUUCUCCUACCCCAGCCUCUCCCAGUCCACCACCUAAACUUCCCUCUAUUUUAGGCCGGCCUCGGCGGUUGGCUGCUAUGGAAGCAAGCCCCGCCAUCCGAAGAGCUUUGGCUUCAUCAAGGCAAACAAAGUUGGCCUCAGAUCAUUCCGCAAAGAUCAAUGCAGUUCCUCACGCAAAAGGGGAGACAAGUUUUUCAAAGAAGAUAAAAGAAUUAACUUCCUCGGAUGGCAAUCAUGGAGAAAAAGCAUUGCGACAAAGGAAUGUAAAAAGCUCGGGAGCACCUGAUAAAAUUUUUAGUCCGCAAGAACGAGCUGAAGAAAAUGAUGUGCAUAAUGUUGACCCUUUGUCAAGAAGGAAGCCGUUCGGAGAGGAAAAUGGUGCCCAACCUUCCCAAAGACGAAGCGAUCCCGCUAAUAAGAAGCCUGUCAAUGUUGAUGCCAAAAAAUCACCCUCUAAUUCAAAGCGCAAAGUGAAAUGGUCCAAAAAACUGGUGCAUGGUAGCAGCGAUACGGAACCUACUUCCCCGUCUCGUCCUUCAAAGUCAGAACCGUCCAAAAGCUGUCUUGCUUCUAAAUUAAGAGACUAACAUUUUUCUUUGAUUUUGCGCUAAUUACUGAGCUGUAUAGUUAUUCUAAGGUGAGUAAAUUUUGUCGAGCGCUGUUUCACGAUGAAAUUGAAAGUGAGAGAAUGUUCAUUUCAGUUAAUGUUUUUGCUACAAAUCUAAUGGUCAUGGUUGAAAUGAAGUAAAGAAUUGAAUUUUUUUUCUCCCUUAAUACUUUGAGGCUAUAUUCUAUUUCAAAAGAAUUACGUCGUUUAUGCAAGUCUCAUGGUCUUUGAGAUACGUAUUACAUUUCAUAGUCUUCUUUUUUACGAUUAUUCACUUAAGGCCGAGAUUUCUUUUAUGAACCACGGGUUGGAUAUGUUUGUUAGAUGUUGUUUAUUUCCCUAUCGUACAAGCUAUAUGUGUUGUAGUAAAUUUUUGUUUCUUUAAAUAUAUCAUUCUGUAUGCAUAG